AUGCCCUCCUUUGCGCGCUCGAAGAAGGGCGCCGCCCUCGCCAUGUUGUCAUGGUCCCUAUCCCUGCUCGUCCCGGCGCUGGCGGCGGCCAGCUCGGCCGCCGAUUAUUACGUCCAUUCGUUGCCGGGGGCUCCAGAUGGUCCGCUGUUGAAAAUGCAUGCUGGGCACAUCGAGGUUGACCCCGAGAGCAAUGGGAACCUGUUCUUCUGGCACUACCAAAAUCGGCAUAUCGCGAACCGACAGCGCACGGUGAUUUGGCUGAAUGGCGGACCCGGGUGCAGCUCGAUGGAUGGCGCGCUGAUGGAGGUGGGACCAUACCGGCUUAAGGAUGACCACACACUGGAAUAUAACAAGGGCUCUUGGGGCGAGUUCGCCAACCUGCUUUUCGUCGAUCAGCCCGUCGGUACAGGCUUCAGCUAUGUGAACACGGACAGCUAUCUCCACGAGUUGGACGAGAUGUCGGCCCAAUUUAUGGUCUUCUUGGAGAAGUUUUUCGAGCUGUUCCCCGAGUAUGAAAGAGACGAUAUAUAUCUGGCAGGUGAAUCUUAUGCGGGCAUGCAUAUCCCCCAUAUCGCCACAGCCAUCCAGGCGCGCAACAAAGUCGCCGAAAAGGAAGGGAGAUUGAAGUGGCCCUUGAAGGGUCUUCUGAUUGGCAACGGCUGGAUCUCUCCCUCGGAGCAGUCUCCUUCCUAUUUCGACUUCGCCGUACGGAUGGGUUUGAUCGAGGAGGGAACCCAGACUUACCGCCAGGUCGAGGCUUUGAACUCGGUCUGUCUGUCAAAGCUGGAGGACCCGCGCAGCAAGGACAUGAUCAAUAUCGACGAGUGUGAGGAAGUUCUGCAAGGUUUGACCAGGCUGACCUCCAAGGACGGUAAGUGCUUCAACAUGUACGACGUUCGUCUGAAGGAUGAGUACCCGGCGUGUGGCAUGAACUGGCCUACAGACCUGGAGAAGAUGACGCCGUACCUCCGGCGCAAGGACGUGAUCCAGGCCUUGAACAUCAAUCCGGCUAAAUUGACCGGCUGGACCGAGUGCAGCGGCGCCGUCAGCUCGACCUUCCUUGCUCGUCAUUCGAAACCGGGCGUCCAGCUGCUUCCCGCCCUUCUCGAAUCAGACAUAAACGUCCUUCUGUUCAGCGGUGACCAGGAUAUGAUCUGCAAUCACCUCGGUACCGAGACCCUAAUCCACAACAUGAAGUGGAAGGAAGGCACAGGCUUUGAGACGGCCCCAGGCGUCUGGGCCCCCCGCCACGACUGGACUUUCGAGGGCGAACCCGCAGGUCUCUACCAGUACGCCCGCAACCUGACCUACGUGCUCUUCUACAACGCCAGCCACAUGGUGCCGUACGACCAACCCCGCCAAACCCGCGACAUGCUCGACCGCUUCAUGAAGGUCGACAUCGCCAGCAUCGGCGGUCGCCCCGCCGACUCCCGCAUCGACGGCGAGAAGCUUCCCCAGACCUCCGUUGGCGGCCACCCCAACAGUACCGCUGCCGAGGAGCAGGAGCACAAGAAGCUAAAGGAGACCGAGCUCCACGCCUACACCAAGUCCGGCGAGGCCAUCCUCAUCGUCGUCAUCAUCGGCGUCACCGUCUGGGGCUUCUUUAUCUGGCGCUCUCGUCGUACCCACAGUAGCUACCGCGGCGUCAAAAAUACCGAUAUGCACGCUAUGCGCGGCGGCUCCGUCCUCGACCGCUUUCAUCACAAACGGUCCACGGCUGAUAUCGAGGCUGGCGACUUUGAUGAGUCCGAGCUUGAUGCGCUGCAUUCGCCUGAUCUGGACCGUGAGCAUUAUGCUGUUGGUGAUGCCAGUGAGGAUGAGGACGAGACGCAUAUGCAUGGCGGCACCCAUGCGGCUGGUGAAUCUGCGGAAUCUGGGGCCCUGCGCCAUCCGUCAUCGUCAUAA